AAUAACAAAUGCAUUUUUAACUAAAGAUUAAGAAAUGUUCAAGCUAACCCGACAGGCUCCGGUAAAUAAAUGGAAAAUAAAAGCCGGUGGAUUUGAGUUGAUCAAGUGUCGUCUUUUAUGUUAAGUACAGGCAAGCUUCAUCACACAAGAACUUGCAACAUGCAGUGCAAGGUAGACACACCGAUGAAGAAUCCUCCAAAGGCCUUUAACUUUCUGGUGGCCACCAUCCUCCUGAUCUUCAUAAUUGGACUCAUCUUCAUCAUCAUGGCAUUGGUACUGCCUGACCUGCAGAAAACUCCAGAACCUAUGAACAACUGGGACGAUGCAGGACCAAUAGACAGCGAGGUACUCAUGCAGAAUCUGACAGGCCGUGCGGACAACCUGGAUGAUGUAGAAGCAAACAUCAAUAAGACACUGACAAGUGUGAACAACCUGGAUGACGUACAAGCAAACAUCACGAACGUACAAGCAAGCAUCACGAAGAAUGUGACAGACGAUGUGAAGGAGAUGGCCGAGGAUGCUGUUGAGGCUCGUCCGCACAACGCAAGUUGCCCUCCGACAUGGCAAAAACAUGGCAACAGAUGUUUCCUGUAUGUUAGAGAAGAGAAGAAAUGGAAUGAUGCUGAGGAGUACUGCGUAGCCAGGGGUGGACACUUGGCCUCAGUUCACAACCAAACCACGUAUGACUUCAUCGGGGGAUUGUCUCGACAUUUUCUUUGGCUUGGGGGCUACAGGGCUGUUAACGAGGAUGGCCGGUGGAAAUGGACAGAUGGUUCCAAGUUUGAGAGCAAGAAUGCUGGAUAUGAACACUACAGGACCACAAAUUUGUCUGUCCAAGAGUGUCUGGAAAUGUGGUAUCGCUUUGGGAUCAAGACUUGCUUUUGCAACUUGGAACAUAGAUUUAUUUGUCAGAAGUGAUGAAGACCGUCUCUUGCUGUGUGAUCCUUCAAAGACACCAGUGCUGAAAGAUCACCACUCCGUGUUCAAUUCAGUUACUUUAAUGAAUCCUAAUCAUAAUCAGUGUGCGCAUUAUCCCAAACAAACUGCAAGACUGGAGAUAAAACAUCAAUUUGCAAACUAAAGCUAGUGCUACAGGUAGUUGCAGUUCAGGGGCUAACACAAACGAUCACGCAGAAAAUGAAUCAAUCCAAAUCAAAACAGUUAUUGAAAUUCACUCAUUUUCCAGCAGCUAAAAUGAUGCACAAAGCAAAUAAGAAGCUGCUGCCCACCCAACAAUGGACCACCAUUUUUCUCAACAACAGAGGACAAAUGCAAACAAGACUAACAAGACAUUCCAAGACAACUAAUUUGUAAUCUAAUGGGAAAAAAUAAGUUUACAAGAUUACAAAACGAUACGUACAAGUUAUGAAUGAGGUCAAAAUAUUAUGGAAUAAAGAUAAAAUUAUGAGAAGACAAUUUUCAAGAAGUUGAAAUAGUUGGAAGAAAUGGAAAAAAACAGCUCACUUUAUGAGAAUAAAGUCAAAAUAUCGAGAGAAAAAACAAUUGAAUUCAAACAAGAGAAGUCGCAAUUUUAUGAUGUAGCGAUGAAAUUUUAUUUUUUGAUGUCUUUAAAAACUAGUUUGUUUUCCUGUUUACGUUUCACAUCUAACCAUCUAAAAAGGGCCUGUUUGCAACAGUUAGAUGGCUGCCUAGAAGGCGUUUUGGAACCACUAUGCUAACAUGCUAGUUGCUGGUGAUGUUCUUAGAUUUGUUGGUUAACCUUGAGAGUUGCGAACAGUCCCUGGAAGUAUUUGUUGUUUGUUACACUGUUGGCUUAUUUAAGUAGGUGUCACCAUACAAGAUAUUGGCUUCAUGAGGAAUAGAUGAUAUUUUAACAUUACUCAGACCACUUAUUUUAACUUACACUGAACACUUUAUUUAACUGAGUCAUAGUGGAGUGACGCUGGAAAUGCCGAGUGCAGGUUGGAUUGCAAGGUUUCUAGUGUGUGUAAAGCAUUUAAUGUACGCUUCCAAUCCUGCCUGGCCCACUGCCACGUCCAUAUUAUACGUAUUACGAUUCACAGUAGCAAUGCCAAACUGCAGUCUGAUUGGCUUCUGGCUGCCCUGCUCCUGCCAGACAGUUGGUGACACCCCAUGAUGUGUUUGUCAUAAUAGAGCAUUUCACAUGUGAUUCCAAGAUGUGCUGCUGGA